UUUCAAGAGUGUGUGUGUAUUUCUUUUUUUUUUUUAGAAAACGAAAAUAUUGAAACGCCAUUGUAAAGUAUAAACGUAAAUCUGCAUUUGUUUUUAUUAUAAAUAAUUAUUAUAAUCAACCUACUGUGAUUAGUUCGCGAAAAAUAAUUCAUCUAUUAUUCAAUGUCGUACAAGACGUGAGGCACAUUUAAUCAGCACAUGGUGGUUGGUGCAAUUGUAUCGAUAUUUCGAAAUAUGAAAUCGUAGCGAAGUUUUGAAUCCAAUACUACUAGCGUGUAUAUUACAAAUCGAUGAAGCAGAAGAUCGAGUGAAUGAAAAAAAGAAGUGAUGAGCAUAACAACGACGAUCAUAGACGAGGAAAAUGAACCACAGGUCGCAAACGUUUGAAUUACGAGUGGAAGGAAGACAGAUCGACGAAGCUGUGGCGAGCUUAUUUCAUACUGUACUUUUGCACAGGACUUUGGGUAAAUUUACUUUCAACGAAGAUGGCUCGUAUUCUGUCGGUACAGUCGGAAUACAAGACGUAGACUGCGAUUUUAUCGACGUCACGUACGUCUGUUGUUCGUCGUACACGCUGGAUAAUCUAUUGAAAAGAGCGAUAAGCAGAUUCUCCGAUAGUUUACGUAAAGAUAACCAAGGCAGCGGUCAAAUUUCGCUCGAGUUCUUUCAACGUAGAAGAUCCCAUUGGCCUUUUCAACCAGAAAGUGUACCUUGGGAAGUAUGGAACGUACGUAUCGAAAUGAUCAAGCUAUGUAACGAAUACGAAAGACAACUGAGUAAAGAGACAGUCGGCGAAAAACUCGGUGAAAAGAUGAUGCAUAUUGCCGAGAUAAUGAAUCGACACGAAUAUCUACCUUGUAUACCGCCUCAGUCAGAAUUAGAGCUGAUUUUCGAUACAUCUUUUCCAGACGUUCAACCUUAUUUAUUCAAAUUAGAAUACGUUACAUCGGAAACAUCCAGUCCUUCGGUUGGAACCACCUUUCGUAAACUUAUCAGAGAAACGUUAUCGUUCUAGAAUCCUUAUAUUUUUUUCUCGAUAUCCAUCUCAGUCUCAUCGUUAUUUCUUUUUUUAGAGAUGUUAAAUAUUUAUUGUACAACUGAAGCUUUAAAUUAUCGAGAUACGAUAUUUGUAGUAUUGAUCUCAAAUCGUAUUCGGGUGUCAUGAAGAAUUCGUCGCGUCGUAUAUUAAAUGUUUUUCUUUUUUUUUUAAUACUUAAUUUUUAAUAUGUAUUUUGUCCCAUUUUCUCUCCACUGUCCCCCUACUACCCCCCACACAUCUCUUUGUAUAUUCUAAUGUAAAAAAAAAGCUUCGUAAAAAAAAUUCGAAUGUACGUGUUAUCUUUUUUCAUUUUUUUAAAUAAGAUCCAACGUGACUGCCUAUUUUAUGUUUUUUUUUUUUUUUUUUUUGUUCACUCGUUAUUCGUGUGUGCUCGCGCCGCUAUGAAUUCUUUAUGUAAAUUGCGACGAAAUGCCGAUUUAUCGCUUCGUGUUGGGAUUUUUACAUGUUUAGAACUAAGUAAAGACAUUGUUUAAAUUAG